AUGCUUCCUUUCCCAUAUCAGAAGUGGGCAAACCCAUUUGAGUUAAUACGGGAUGGGAGCUUUGAAGCAUGGAAACGAAUUCGUGAUGAAAUGCUGCGCAAAUUGGGGCAGCAUUUUCUAACUCUGUCGGAAUCACAGUUAUCCACAAUAUUCAGCGAGUGGGAAGGUGGUCUCCAUCUAAGGAAGCAGAGUGAAAAUAAUGUGAACCAAUUAUCAUGCUUACUCGUGAUAUCCCUUCUUUACUACUUUAGAAGAUCAUUUGAACAUCUCAAGACAUACUACCCAAUUGUCAAAACUCUCCAAUCGAGUCUGGAUAGAAAUAUUACAAAGGCAGCCUCUGAAGUUAUGAAAUUAAUUGGCAAAAUUUCAGCAGAUAACCAGACGUUUUUAAAAGAAUCACUCGAACAGGCCAAAAUUUUCCUAUCGGUUAAACAGAGAAAUACAUAUUCAUACAAUGCCUUAUUACUUCUCAAAAUAAUUGGAAAAUUUUUACCAACAGAUUUUUUCAAUGUUACGUCAUAUCACAUUCCGGAAAUAUGGAAUGCUCUUUGUUCAGGUGAUCCAGAUUUCCGACACAAUGCCGUAAAAGUUAUGACCAGGCAUUUUUCAUUAUUAGACACAACUACGACCUUUUCUUUCGGAAAAUCAGUUUACUUGGAUUCCAUAGAAACGUUUAAUUCAGGUAUCCUUAAUCCAUCUGGAAUCCUAGAGAUUUUAGAAGUAAUUUUCAAACUUGCUCCAACAAUUGUCCAAAUACCACAACUCUUCAAUACAAUAAUUUCGGCAGCAAGCCACAAUAUUGAGUUCAUUAUCCCUUCAAUUCCUUUAUUUUGUCAAAUCAUCGAAAUAUCUCCAAAUGCAUUGCCUUCAAACCAUAUCCAGUCAUUUAUUCUUCAUGCUAUAUCCCUUCUCGAGCAGCCAAACUUCAAAAGAGCACAUUUAGACAAUAUUAUGAAAUUAAUAAAAAUAACAAGCAAAGAAAUGAUUCCUACCCAUGAAAUAAUUCUUCAGUGUAGGAAAGUACUACAAAAUCACUCCAUUUUGGAGAACCAUUCCUAUGUUUUUGAGUUAUUUUAUUUCUUAUUGGAUGUAGUUCCCGAAAUACAGAUUCCUACUACUCUCACCACACAGGCACAUCCUUCUCAGUGGCUAAUAAAGGUCACAGCUCGAGUUUUUCCCACAGUUUACGAUAUGAAACAGAGACUUCUCGAAUGGUACGAGAUAGGCAUCUCAAAGACAGCUUCCAACAAAGAACUGACCAUCGCAUUGCAGAUUGUCAAGGAAUUCAAGGUCCAAUUCUUUGAAAACCAACCGAAUAUUUUGGAUAAUCUCAGACACGUGAUAUUUAACCAGAAUGAAGCCAUAAGAAUGCUUUUUGCAGAUACUCUGACAAUGUUCCAGACUCCAAAAGGCAUUUCCCUGUUAAUUAGAAUAGCUGUUUUUGAUUCAAGUGAAAAAGUGAGAUUAUAUUCAUUAAAACUUCUUUCUGGAAUAGAUGCAGACAUAAACUCUGAUUCCCUGGUUAAUUUGCUCGCUGAUCCUUCUUAUUCAGUGAGAAUUGCCGCAAUUCCGAUAAUUGCAAAAGCAUUUACCAUAAAUCCACUCACAUUUUACUCUGUGAUCCACAAUUUCAUCACCAGUUUCGUUGAAUCGACAAUACACGAGCACGACAUGCAGAAAUUGUCCAUUGCUUGUUCAAUUUUGCCAUCUAUUGCCAAGAAUUUCGUAAAACUCGUUCCGUCAUGCAUAAAAGACAUAAUAUGGCUCUGCGUAAUCCUCCUUCUUAACGGUUCUCCGUUUCCUUCAGCGUACGGCGAAAUUGGCUCCGAAUCUUUCGUUCAUCCUUCGAAUUUCGCUGCGGAAGACAUCAGAACGAACCUCAGACACGACAUGCUUAAUAAUUAUUCGGUCGGAUUCUUGACUUUGGACUCUUUUUCAGAAAAAGACGUGAUUUUGAGAAGAUUAUUCACAAUAGAAAGCGAAAACUGGUCAGAACUAAGAGAUGCAUCAAUAUUUGAGACGUUGAAAGCUAUAUCAAUGUACACUGUCCCUUAUACUUUGCAAAUUGUUCCAUUAUUUAUAAAUACUUUCAAAGCAAAGCAUAAAGAUGAAGUUUACUUAGCAGCAAUUGACAGUUUAAUUGAUAUAACAUUAGCGUUCAACGCAAAAGUCAACUUUUUCAACUAUUUCCCUGAUUUUCUGAAUAUUUUAAUGAAAUUACUGUCAGAAUCAACAUCAGACAAGGUUGCAAUCUCAAUAUUGAAGCUCAUAGGUACAAUUGGACCAUCAGGAAAGCGAAUUUUGAACCAGAAUUUGGAUUCAAAUGCAGAUGACAAAAAUAAACUGUCAUUUAAGCAGCAAAACUUCUUCACAAAAAUCGCAUUUGACCUCCUGAUGCCUCUCCUUAAGCAACCGAGCCCUUCCACGAUAAUUUCUGUUACGAGAAUUGUAAUUGAAGAUCCAGAGACAGUACUUCCGAACCUCGGACAAAUCAUAGCUGCCUUUGUACAGUCAUUUAAGAUUACCGAUGAUCCGUCAUCUCUUUUUAAUUUGAUAGAUAACAUUGCAUUCCACACGAAAAACCACAUGCUUCCAUAUAUUGACCAGCUGAUGCCUUUGUUCUUAUACCAUAUACACGAUAUCAACUGCUUAUCUGUCAUUGCGACGUUAAGUUGCAGUAUUGGAUACGAAUUUACACAAUACGCUUCAGUUCUGUAUCCACACGCGAUAAGAAUGAUCACUACAAGGGAUUUGAAUUAUUUAAAGGUACUUAUGACCUUCCUUGUCGCUUCGAUUGUCUACCAAAGACAAUCUGCUUCAGUUUUAUUUGAUUUCAUCGAACAAAGGAUCGCUCUCAGGAAAGAUAAUGAUGACAACUUCAUUCUCGUCAUCAUGAACAAGCUCUGCACCCUUCUACAAUCAAGAGUUGUCAAUUUAGAAGGUUCUAGAAUACUAAACAUCGCUUUUUCACUGGCGCAAAAUGGAAAAAGAAAGUUGGUCGAUGAAUUACUCAUUAAUUUGUGUUUGUUUGCCAAUAUCGGACUGCAAGAAGUCAGAGAUUUCAUGGAUUUCUGCGAUAUUCAGUUUCCUAAGUUCAUAGAAUUCUUCGGAUCGAACAAAGAUAGAAGACCAACACUAUCUCCAAAGGAAAGAGCUAUUAAAAUCAACAAACCGUCGAUGAAUAACAUAUUAUUAGGAGAAUACAAAGAAGACUGUUUAUUAGAAACGCCAGAACCAGUAUUCAACCAACAAAGGAAAUGGCUGGAUGAUAUGAGUAGUCUUUUGAUCUCAAAUUGCCCUUCAUUUGCAAUUAGAGGUAGUUUAAACGUUGCUUUACAGUACAGAAGCUUUAGAAACGAUAUAUUUCCUUAUGCGUUCUUAAGCUGCUGGCUCAACAGCUCUAAACAAGGUAAAUCAAAAAUUGCCAAAACAAUUUUAACGGCGACAACAAUUUACAAAGACUUAGAGCCAAUAAUAUUCGAUUUACUUGGUACUCUCACUCUUGUUGGCGACAAAAUCGAUAUUCCUGACGAUGUUUUAUCAGAAGCAAGCCAAUCAACACCUUUAUCAUUAUUCUACAUGCAGAGACACUUCAGAACUCACGAGAACGACAAGAAAGUCAUAGAGAAAAUGCUCUCAAUCUACGUGAGAAUGAGAAUGUCCGAUUCUGCAAGAGGCCUAUUAUGUAGAAAAGGUGACAACAUAGGAAAGGAAAGUGAAGCAAAAUGGUCUGAACAGUUAGGCGAAUAUGAAAAAGCAUUAGAAUACUAUCAGAUCGCUCAACAGAAGAAUAUUACGGGCCAAAUCAGAAUUUACUCAAAAUUAGAACAAUGGGAUACAAUUCGGAACCUAUCUGAUGUAUUUCCUAACCUAAGAGCCUCCGAAAAGAAGAAUUCUGCGAUUUAUUUCGCACAAUCUUUCUUUUAUUCUGGAGAUUUCAAGAAAGUUGCCCAAUACAUCGACUAUUUCAAGAACGAAGAUGAUUUUGCAUCCAUCCAUUUCAAAUCCGUGUUCUAUAUCUCAAUAGGGAACUUCGAAUGCGCUGAAAAAGAAAUCGAAAUCGGAUUUAACAAACUAGUCGAAAGCCGAUCGAUUUAUUCCGGCAACGACACGAACCUUGCCAUGCAACACAUCGAAUUCGCUCACCAGCUCGUGGAACUCCAAGAAACUCUCGAGCUCAAAAAAGGGGGAGCGAAAAAUGUCCCCGAAAUUUGGCAGAACAGAUUAGUUGCCUUCUCGGAAGAGUCAGACGCAUGGCUCAGCCUCAUCAAGACACGUUCACUCGUUGUAUCUCCAGCAGACCACAUAAAAACAUGCAUAAAGAUGCUGAGUGUCCUCAGAAAAGAACAUAAAUUCAGAGCAAUUGAUUCUUAUGUACAACGAUUAAAUUCAAUUCAAUUUCAUACAGAGUUCAUAAUCAAUUCACUUAAAGUAUUAUGGGCGAGAGGUGAAAGAACAAAAGCCAUUGACAACGUUGUCUUCCUUACGAAACUAAUAACAAUAAGCGACGAAAAGGAAUUUGACGAAAUUUUCAGUUCAAACCUCCAAAAAUAUGACACAGUUUACAAAUUUUUGUCACCUUUUUUGGAAGGAACUUCAGCCAAAACAUUUGAUAACUACAAGAAGUAUCUUCAGAACAACAACGUCGAUGACAUCAUGAGAGCCAGGAUAAUCAGAAUUGCUGCGACAUGGCAAUACAAUCUCUACAAAGCGAACACUUCAUCUGUUGCCUCUCUUUCGAACAUUUUGCAGAGUUUCCAGCUGAGCAACAAACUGAAUGACAAAGACUACAGGACAUGGGCGGGAAUGGCCUAUGCAACAUCACGCGCAUUGAGUCAUUCAGAAGAAAAAGUCCCUGAAUACGCAGUUGACGCAAUCAGUGGAUUUUUGGAGGCAACGAAACUGAAUACUUCGUUUUCUCUUGAAUACCUUUGUCUUAUGUUCUCCAUUUUGUUCAGAUACGGUGAGCACAUCAAACUGCCUGAGAAAUUGGAGGAAAGAAUCAUAAAUUUGCCUCCAAUCAUCGUUAUCCAGAUAAUUCCUCAAAUUGUCGCCCAUCUGACACACAAAGAAGAAUCAAUCAGAAGAAUUGUUACUUCAAUCAUCACGAAAUUUGCUGCUGACCACUUCGAAGCAGUUGUUUUCUCAUUGAACAUUUUGACGCACACAAAAGAUGAAUCAAAGGCAAAACUGGUAAAAGAUGUUCUGAAUUCUAUUGGUUCACUUCACCCGACCAUUUAUAAUGAUACUAAAUUGUUUAUUACUGGAAUGAGGAGUGCAGCAGUUUCUCUAGCAGAAGUCAUUAUUUCCAUGAUAAACAGAGCGACACGAUGCAAGAAUCCAAUGGAAUACAUUACAAUUGUCAGUGAAAUAUUGAAAAUCAGUCAAAAUCCUGAGUGCGAACACGACAGAUUUGUCAUGAGAAUGGUCAACUCUUCGUUGCAGAGAGUUGCACAGUCCUACAAACAAGUAAACAGCGGUGACAACCAGGCAUCAAGAAUGCUAGUUGAUAAUUUGUACAGUUUGUAUCAGGACCUUGAAAAUUCUCUCAAAAAAUUGGAUACAAUUUCACUGUCAAAAUUUUCAGAAAAUUUGGCAGGAAAACGUCACUUUUCAUUAGUUGUUCCCGGCCAAUAUUUUGUAGAUAAAGAUGGUCCAAAGAUACAUUACAUCGAUCCAACACUCCAUGUUCUAAAUACAGCGCAACAUCCUAGAUCAACACAUUUAGUUGAUGAAACAGGGAAGAAGUGGAAAUUCCUUUUGAAAGGAAACGAAGAUUUGAGAUUGGAUCAGCGAAUCAUGCAGUUCUUUUCACUCCUUAAUUCACUAAUCAAAACGAACAGAUUGACGAGUGAUUUAGGAGUGACAAUUGAACAGUACGCGAUCAUUCCUUUCGCUCCUGACGCAGGAUUAGUUACAUGGGUAACUGGCGCAGACACUUUGUUGCAACUCGUCUACGAUUUCAGGAAUGAAAGAGGAAUAAAUCCACUUCUGGAGCAGAUUGUCUGCAAAGAAUUCACUGAAGCUCAGUACACAUACUUGAAUAACUUGCAGAGAUUGGAAAUCUGCAAAGACAUAUUCAAGAUAUCCCCAGCAAAUGAACUGAGAGAAACAAUUUGGUUGAGAUCUUCGUCAUCGCAAGCAUGGGUUGCUCAUACGAGAAGUUACACGUUGAGCACAAGUUUGAUGUCGAUUGCUGGCUUUGUCAUUGGAUUGGGCGAUAGACAUCCAAGCAAUAUAAUGAUACAGAGACAUACAGGAAAAGUUGUUCAUAUCGAUUUCGGAGACAGUUUCGAUUCGACGGUUUUGAGGAAGAAAUUCCCUGAAUACGUUCCUUUCAGACUCACAAGAAUGAUUGUCAACGCUUUGGACGGUGAAUCUGUUGAAGGUUUGUUUAGGAAAUCUUGCGAAGACAUUCUCUGGGUGUUGAGAGAUAACUUGUCACCAAUUGUUGCACAGCUGGAGAUAUUCGUUCACGAGCCAAUUUUCUCCAAUAAAACAAAUAGUGACGGAGGUGCUGUUCAACAUAAUAUUCUGUCUAGAGUUGCUGCAAAAUUGAGCGGAUUGCACGAAAGUCCGACUGGACACGAGAUGAAGACUGGAGAACAGGUUGACUUGCUGAUCAGUAAGGCAAUUGAUCCGGUUUUGUAUUCAAGACAUUACAUUGGAUGGUGUCCUUUCUGGUAA